CAGUUCGAACAAUAUGGGUACGAAAGGUGAGUUUUCCGGAAGUUUAAAGCCGGAAAUUAACGAACCUAUUUACGUCUUGGCAAUCGAGCUAUAUGAUUGGUUAAGAUAGCAUCGGGUGAUUACGGAAAUUACCGAUCGGACUAUAAGGCAGUAUCCGGAUAUGACAGACGACGAAGACGAAUAAACGAGUAUUGGAAAAAACACGACUACCAAUAACUUCUAAAAACAUCGAUUCGUCGAUUUAAAGGUAUAUUUGCUAUUCAUUUUUAAGAGAAAUUCCCGAAACGUUUCUUUUAAAGUUAAUAAAAUGUGUUAAAACUGAGAAUGGCUUUUGCGCAUGUAGCAAUAUUUCGGACAUCCCGAUUCGGAUUGUGUUAUGAUAAACGAUUUUUAUUUUACAAAUUUUAUUUGGCCGAUUGAAAUUUACGCUGCAAACCGUUUCUUUAUUGUUCUCAUAAUGUUUGAAGCAUUGUUCUCAAUAAGAAGUGGCUGUUGAUCAUAAUGGAAGGUUCAAAUGAAAAUUGGGUUGGUUAAAAUUAAAAAAAAAAUGAAUUAAUAUUUUGUAGUAGUAAUAUAUGUUAAGUAGGAGCAGUCAGUUUAUUUUCUAUUUGAGACAGUUCAACAAAACUUCUUGAGGACCCAGUUUGAGUGAGAUUUAAUUUCUAUUGUUGUAUUUCCAGGUAUGUUGAUGGUUCCAAAAGUCAGGGAUGAACAGACACCAGUUGUUCCUGUCAAUGACCGCCAUGAUACUUGGAUUUAUGGCUGAACAUGACCUUCCAUACUCCCUGGCACCACAUGUAGUGAGUCUUACCUAAGACACUUGCCAAAGAUACAAAAGCUCUCAGCGAAAUUAAAACUUCAAAGGUGUUCAGAAUCAUAUAAGAUGACUUACGGAGUGGCAAGCCAUUUCAAUGAUGAACUCGUGGAGGAGUUACGUGAGACUCGGUUUUAUUUGAAUUUAGACAAGUCAACAAACACACACAAUGAGAAAACUGUUGCAGCUAUUUUUCUGCUAUAGAGAAAGAAAUAGUGUUAAGACAUUUGUCCUCCUUAAAAAUCACAAGGGCUGAUUCUGAAUCAAUUUUCAAGGAAUUUGAAAGCCUGUUUUGAGAGACUUAAACUGCUGUGGGACAAUCUAGUUUGUCUACUGGACACCUGUAACACCAUGAGGGGAAAAAAUCUGGCUUGGAAACCAGAAUACGUCAACUUGUGCCUCAUAGACAUUGAUGGUGACACAGUCCACCAUGGUUACCCUGCCAAAGCAUUUACAGUCCCAUUUGGAUAUUACUUGGAAUAAUAAAUAUAAUAAUUAAUAAUAUUAUAUUCUCAUAAAAUCUGCAGAUAAUGGAAUAAAUACUCUUAUGAUAUAUAAAAAUUGAAUAAAUAACACUUUUACAAUAAACAUUUGCAAGCUUGAUAAUUGAUAUGCUGUUCAUUAUUAUUUAUCAAACAUCCCACAGUGUAGACUAUUCAUACACAGGCAUUUGAUCAUAGCCAGUUGAGUUUUAUGGGAAGUGGACAACUGAACCAAAAUGUCAGGUACAUGUCUUAUGCCUGUGACUUCAGGUAAAAAAGUAAAUUUAACUUUGUUUAAAAACAAAGGUGUUAAACUUCACUGCUAAGAUUCCUGAUAAUUGUUCUGAUUGCGGAUGUCUCCUGUUGAACAUAAUUAUAUCUACCAAACCGAAAGGUGUACUCCUUGAACACUAUUCUAAGGCAAAAAAGGGUAUUAGAAACCCUGAAAUACUGAAAGCUUCGGGGGCUUUGCCCCCCAUGUCCCCCCACCAGGGCUUUGCCCUACGACCCAUCAGGGGCCUUUAGCGGCCCCCUGAACCCCACGCAGAUAUUUUCAGGAUUGGCACUUUGGCUCUGUUAUCAUCCCUGUUUAUAAGCAUGCCUGUUGAUGAUGCAGAGAUAAGAAUAAAGAAGAAGGAAUUUUACAGCAUUGCGGGAUUCCCGAACGUGUUGGGGUGCAUAGACUGCACACAUGUCCGCAUCAGAGCACCAACACAUAACGAAGCAGAUUUCGUAAAUCGAAAAGGGUUCCAUUCAGUGAACGUUCAGAUGGUAUGCGAUGCUCGUUUCAUCAUCAUGGAUGUCGUAGCCAAGUGGCCCGGGAGCGUACACGACAGCCGUAUAUUUAGGGAAAGCAGAUUAUGUGCACAGUUGGAGAAUGGAAUGGAUGGAGUGUUGCUAGGAGAUAGUGGCUAUGCAUGUAAGAAGUACUUGAUGACGCCAUACCUGAACCCCCAGACUCAGACACAGGAGAGAUUUAACAGAUCACUCUGUAAAACUAGAGUCAUCAUCGAGCAAACGUUUGGUGUUUUAAAGAGGAGGUUUGCAGUUAUGUCGUACGGGAUAAGGACAUCCGAGAUGAAGGCUUGCAGGACGACAAUGGCGUGUGCCAUCCUGCACAACAUCGGGAUUAAGCGGGGAGACUCAUUUGGACGCUUUGUGGUCGAGUCCGACAAUCACCCAGAUGCACCGAACCAACCGGUUGAUGUUGCAGGGAAUGCCUUUAGGGACUUUGUCAGCACGACAUAUUUUUCGUAAAGUGUACUGAAUCAGUAGAAGAGUAGUAUAUCUGCGUUAAUUGAUCGUAAUUUCAAGCUGG